GUAAAUGUCGCAAGCCCCCUACCCCCUACCCCUUUCCCCCCCCUACCUCGUGAGCCAAGUCUCACGAGCCUAGGGACUAAGCCCUACAGGCUUCAAGUUUGUCGCGUUGCUAUGCGGCAGUAAUGAUGUGGGGAUGUGGGGAUGUGGGGUCGCAGGUGCGGGGUUGGGGUUGGGGGUGGGGGUCUACACGGGUUCAUGCGACCGCGCCUUUUCGUCGGGCCAUCAUGACCGCCGUCAUUAUAGUGUGUUGGAUAGCUAUUCACUUCUCGCAAUAAUUCCAUACAGCCAGCGGGUUUCAUGGUUGGCCUUGAAUGAAAAUACGCAGGACGCCCUCCUUCCUUUCUUACUGCUUCCGCUAUUAAUGACAGAACAUGUUAGGUAGGAAGCUUGCGCGGCCUUGCGUUGCGCCGCUUGCGUUGGGCAGCUCGCGCUCGCGCGUUGUGCUCCCGACCCGCCACCCCGAGUCGCGCCCCACCCGUGCCGUGCCGCAGUCGGCGCAAGGUGGUGAAACUGAUUCCUCAGUCGUGAAGGCGCUGCAGCUCCUGACUGGCGAAAUUCGCGAACUCAGAAGCGAACUCAGUGGGAAGGUCGACAGUGUCGCAGCCGGGCUGGGUGACGUAAGGCGGUUUCAGGGCACCAUGGUCGAGAUGGUGACAUUGAUGAACCUCCCAGCCCGGCUGAAAGGUUGCAGGCGGGUGCGGUUUGAGGUGGAUGCGGACCUGGACGCGGUCUUCGGCAGGGGCACUGCGGCGGCCGUCCUGGGGGCCGUAGCGCACCCCAGCGGCGGCCGCAUGCUGCGCACGCGGUUGCUGCGUCGCCUGCUGCUGGCGGUGAGGCGGGAUCUGGAUGACGGCAUCAGCCUGCCGCUGCAGUCGUCCGGCAAGGGUGCGGCGGCGGUACAGGCCGUUCUGGACACCCUGCCCCCAGUGCCUGCUGGUAAGGAUCGGCAUCGGGAGGGCACGCAGCAGCAGCAGCAGCAGCAGGAGCCGCAGGAGCCGCCAAGUCCGGUCGCUGAUGCCGAAGCACGACUGGCGGCCUUCAAGACACAGCUGUCGCAGGCUGCUCGCAAGCAGAGCCCGGACAUUCCCGGUGUGCGGCUGGUGGUGUCGCGCGCCCAGCAGCUGCUCCAGGCGGCGGGCGUGUUGGGGGACGAGGCCCCGGCGCGGUGGAACGCGGCGUUGGGCCUGCUGCAGCGCCUGAGCAGCAGCAGCAGCAGCGGCCAAGGCGGCGGAGGCAGCAGUGGCGGCGGCCAAAGCAGGCGUGGCACUGCGGCAGGUCGCUCGCCGUCCUCUCAGGCGCUGCUUGUGCUGUUCCUGCUGGCGACCGGGCGUUUGCGCGCUGAGCUGGAGGUGGACCUGAUACGCCUCCGCCCGCGUAACAUGGGCACGCCGCUGUUUGGCCGGCCGGAACUUUUGGUGGGCGAGAUCAAGAGUGACUUGAGCGAGCUCGGCCCAGCCCGGCGGCAGCUGGAGAUCGCGCUGGCGGUGCUGGAGCUGGCGUGCCGUUUCUCGCCCUACUGCGGGGGUGGGGGUGUGCUGCGCAGUCUGCUCGCGCCGUACAGCAGGUGGCGGCCGCCCAGCCUCGACGCGCGGGCGGUGGUCUGCGGCGUCCUGGACGGUAAGGCGCUGGCCGCCCGCCAGGGCCUCCUGGGGGACCUGCAGGUGCAGCUCGUCGCCGACCUGGACCUGGAUCCGGACCUGGACCGGGUCCUUGGCCCGGUGGCGGCGGUGGCGGCGGCGGCACGGGGCGAGGCGGGCCAGGCAGCGGCGGCGGCGGCGGCGGCGGCUGGCGGAGGCCCGGAGCUGGCGGCUGGCGGCCCACCGGCGGACAGCGGCGUCGUCAAGGCCCAUGCGCAGGGCGAGGUGGAGGCGCAGAGCGAGGACGAGGCGGCGGCGGUGAUGAUGCACGUGCCUCUGGAGGUCUUCUGGUUCGACGGCAGCGGCACCUGACGCGGGUGGUGGAGGACGAGUGGGCCUCCGACCAGGUAGCCGUGCCGCCACAACAUGGAGAAGGGCCAGCACAGGCCCAUGUGCGUGUGCGUGCGUGUGAGUGUGUACGUGUGUUAAAAAACGAAACGAAAGCCCGCCCAAUGACGCGACGGAGUUACUUACCGAUACCCACCAUUUUACCGAGCGUCGCGUGACUGUCGUGACCCAGGUAGUCAUACUUACCCGCGAUAAGCCUGGAACCCCACGGGCGACCAUUCGGCCUGACCCCGCGAUGCACCUGUAUGCGUCCAUGCUCCGCACCCUGGGCGCGCUAAACAACGUUUACCCAGCACGCCUAAUUCCCAGAUUCCCGCCCGCUGGUCGUAGUCGAGCUCACCUAUAGGCAAAAGUGGAAGCAUGGGCAUAGGGCGGCAGCGAGGAAGUGUCACGGGCAUGUGAAUGGCAACGGCGACAAGAGAGGCGGCGUGCAGCAGACAAGCUAAGUAUCACGCGUCCCAAAUCCCGCCCACUAAGUACAAUAACGCUAUGAAAAGAGAGCGAGUUAGCGGUGGCACUGCGACUAAACGGGGUCAAGGCUGCAUGGGGGACGUGGCGGGCGGCGGUUGCAGCGUUUCCAGACGUGUCAGGCUGGUGUGUGCGUGUGACGUGUGUGCGCCGUGGGCUGGCGGGAGCUGGCCUCCCGCUCCCCACUCCACGGCGGCACCGAGGCUAGGCACGCUCGCGGCCGCAAUGGCCGCGGCGGCUGUUCGUGACGAGCCCCCCACCCCCCAGAAUCCAGUUACCCCCCUGAUAGUGAACACGCGCCGCGACGUGUCGCGGGUGCAUGGUAGUGCUGCGCCGUACGCCUCGGCGACCUGGCCGUAUUCCGUGACGAGGUCCGCCGUCCGCCAGAGCCAUCAGGUGGUCGCCGAAGGUGACCGAGCGGUACCGAUGGGCAUAUCGCGCAUGCAUCGCGGGCACCGGACGGGGUCCCGGACCUGUGACGCGGGCUUAAGAGGCAAAUAGCGUGGUGCUGGUACCGCGACCAGCGGGAACAGGGCGACGAAGGUGUUGAGCUCGUCGUCGCCCAGUCCGCCAGGUCGCCCAAACUACCCCAGCUCCGCGCACCCGGCCCAUUUGAAAGGUACAGUACAGUUUAGCAAAAGCAAUACCCGGGGGCUUAAAAGCCCUCAGCCCAAAGGCCCGCCCAUAGGUCCCUCAUUGGAAAAGCGAGCCCCAGCCAGAAGCGCCAAGACCCGUCCUGACUUCCUGAAGCCCUGAUGGCCCCUGACGAUCCACAGAUGACACAGGUAGUGCCCUUGUGUUAAAAAACGAAACGUGUACGUGUGUGUGCGUAUGCGUGCGUGCGUGUGUGUGUGUCUGUGUGUGUGUUAGAGAGCACAAGGGAAAACAACAAUAGCCUGUGUGUGUAUGUGUGUGUGUCGAGGUAGAGAGAGCUGAGAGGGGUAUAGAGACGGAGAGGGAGGAGAGCGAGAGGGAGGAGAGCGAGAGGGAUUGUGGGCGGAAGGGAGGAGAGGGAGGGGAAAGCCAGGGGGGUUGCGAAAGCGAGCGUGGGAGCAAAUGACCAGCAAGGCGAGGUGCAAGGAGCCCC